AUGGCCUCGGUGGCGAGCUUCCCGGCUGCGUUGUCCCUCGUCCUGCUGCUCGUCGCCAGCAGCGCCUUCCUCGUCACCGAGGUCGCGGCGUGCGGCGGCUGCCCGAAACCAACCCCUCCUCCUCCACCGCCGCCGUCACCCACCAGCACGCCAUGCCCUCCGCCGCCGUCCAGCAAGUGCCCCAAGAACGCGCUGAAGCUGGGCGUGUGCGCCAACGUGCUGGGCCUCGUCAAGGUGUCCAUCGGCAAGGUGCCCACCGACUCGUGCUGCCCGCUGCUGGAGGGGCUCGCCGACCUGGAGGCCGCCGUCUGCCUCUGCACCGCGCUCAAGGCCAACGUGCUCGGCAUCAACCUCGACGUCCCCGUCAAGCUCACCUUGCUCCUCAACUACUGCGGCAAGAGCGUCCCCGAGGGCUUCCUGUGCGCCUAA